AUGUAUCACCAAAGUCCUCCGAGCCCCCCCCAAGUCUCUAUUGUGGACAUUUUCUUUCCCGGCUUCACUGGCGCUACCGCAGCGCUCCGUCAGCUUCUCGACGGAAACCUUGACAGCUAUGCCGGCUUGUUGUGCAUCUGCGGGUUACUGGUGUUCUGUGGCAAGCUUCUGUCUCGGACAGUUGGAGGAUUUGUGGGCACUUACCUGACUUCAAAAACUGAUGUCUACGACCCUGAUGAGGCUUAUGACAUGCUAGAGUCGUGGGUGUCUGUCCAAGACUUCUCGAGAAAUGCCAUUUCCUCGCUUGCUCGUGUUGACAGCAGGCCAGGCAGGGCCGUGAGUCUUGUUGACUCAGACAUAGUGGAUAAAAAACCCCUUCGAUUCACGCCUUGGGGAGAGCGGUUGUCUUUCUGGUACAAGGGGCACCGUCUCACUCUGCAAUGUACGCAAAAUGAAUCAUCUCUAUUUCCACGCAAAUCGAUGACAAUCUCCUGCAUUGGGCGCUCUUCAAAAGUCCUUCGGGAUUUGAUGAAUGAGUGUCGUCUGGAGUAUCUAAAGCGAUCUGAAGGCAAAACCUCGAUUUUUGAGCACCACAACAACGGCUGGAAAAAGACUACUACUCGGGACGUUAGACCGAUCGAAACCGUCAUCAUGAACGAAGAGUUGAAGCAGAUACUUCUGGAAGAUGUCCGGUCCUUCCUCGACCCUGAAGCUCGCUCGUGGUACGCAAAUCGCGGGCUACCAUAUAGAAGGGGCUACUUGAUGUACGGACGCCCGGGAACCGGAAAAUCCAGCCUCAGUAUGUCUGUUGCGGGAUGCUUCGGGCUGGAUAUCUACGUCGUCAGUCUUGCCGCGAUCAAUGAUGGGCACCUCAAUGCCCUGUUCAGGGAGCUUCCUCAACGCUGUGUCGUUCUGCUGGAGGAUGUUGAUGCAGUCGGUACAUCACUAUCUCGAGACAUAGACGCAGAUGAUUUGGACUCAGGGUCGGAUGUGUCACGGCGGUCACCCAAGUCACAUGGGUCUGUUUCGCUGUCUGGGCUUCUAAACGUCCUUGAUGGCGUGGCUUCGCAGGAUGGGCGCGUCCUCAUCAUGACUACAAAUCAUAUAGAGCAUCUUGAUGACGCUCUCAUACGAUCAGGUCGCGUUGAUAAGAAGAUCGAAUUUCAGCUUGCUGACGCCGUUGUGGCCCGAAAGCUCUUCUGUCAUGUUUUUGAACAGUCGAUAGAAGAGCUUCUUAUCUCAGAAAAGCGCGAAAGCAACAACCAAGAAGUCCGGCAAUUGGCUGUCCAGUUUGCGAGUCUGAUACCUGAGCUCGAGUUCAGCCCUGCCGACAUUCUGUCCUUCCUUUUGGCAAACAGAGACUCUCCUUCAGGGGUUCUGGCCGAAGUGGAGGAAUGGGUGUCCAGUACCAGAGGGGAGAGAGCACUGAGAAGAGGUGGUGCUUGGGUCCAGAGCGACUGA